GAGGCCCAACCAGGGAGAGGCGGGGCCAAGGCCAGGGCCUGACUAAACCUGGAGACUCCGCUGGCUGAGGGGGCUUCAUCUCAGCUGAGGACCGAAGAGCCGCUGGCGGCCGCGGAUCUUACAGCCGCUCGGUGUUUUUAGAACUUCAACUAUAAAAAUGGGCAGGAUUUUCCUUGAUCAUAUUGGUGGUACCCGUCUGUUUUCCUGUGCAAACUGCGAUACGAUCCUGACCAACCGCUCAGAACUCAUCUCCACUCGAUUCACAGGCGCCACUGGCAGAGCAUUUCUUUUUAACAAGGUAGUUAACCUGCAAUACAGUGAAGUUCAAGACCGGGUCAUGCUCACUGGCCGCCACAUGGUUCGAGAUGUGAGCUGCAAAAACUGCAAUAGCAAACUGGGAUGGAUCUAUGAGUUUGCCACUGAAGACAGCCAGCGUUAUAAGGAAGGCCGUGUGAUCCUAGAACGUGCGCUAGUUCGAGAAAGUGAGGGCUUUGAGGAGCAUGUACCAUCUGAUAACUCUUGAAGAAAAAGAGAUAAAUCCAUCUUUUUCCCAGGUCUUCUUCACUGAAAACAAAAAUCUACUUACAUACACUGUCACCUUAGCAUCAGAGUCGGAUUCAUGAACUGUGGAACAAGAGGUUGUGAGAAUCUAUGAUGGAACCUUUCUUUCCUUCUUUCUUUUUUUUUUUUUUUUUAAUUUUCUAUUUUCCAUCCAACAGCAGUGUGUAGAGAGAAUAUUAUGCGGAUGCCGUUAAUUUUUUUUUCCCCUAUGUUUACAUCUUGAGGCAGAAUAGUCUAUCUGCAGCUACAUGGUGGGCUAUGUGAGGAAAAAUAUCUGGGCUAUUAGAGUGAAAAAGUGUUUUAUGUAAAUUUUGAAAGGAAAAUGUGUCAAGAGCAUGGUUCUUAAAUUUAUUUGGGCUUCAUUUUAAAACUUUUUUUUAAACCCAGUUAUUUCACUUGAUUUGCUAGCUUCAGAGAAGAGAUCCGAAUUUGUGACCAGCGCUAAAGGUUCAGUGUUAGUAUGGCUUGUGCUGGCCAUUGUGCCAUAUUCUUGUUGGAGAUGAACCGUAGCAUCAGAGCCCAUUCUUCCUUGUCAGUCUUGACCCAAAGAUGUCACCAUUCCUAGUUACUUGUCACCACAUAAUUGGUGUUGAUUGGAAACUUUUCCUGAUAUGGGGCAGAACUGCUUGGUUGUCUUUUCCAUGUAACUUAAGCAUAGUAAUAUAAAUAAAGUAAUAGUUGGA